AUGGGGAGAAAUAAAAUAUCAGUACCGCUCAUUGAGUUCUUGAAGAAUCGAAUCUAUCUUGGAGCGUAUGACUACACCCCAUCAGACACCAAGGACCUAGUAUAUUUCACAGUUGAAGAUGCAUUACCCUAUAACGCAUUCCAUUUGGAUUUUGGUCCAUUAAAUAUCAGCAAUCUUUAUCGAUUUGCUGUCGUUUUGCAUAAUAUUUUAAACGACGAUGAAAAUCAAGGUAAAGCAGUGGUUUUCUAUAGUUCAACGUGUCCCAAACAAAGAGCGAAUGCUGCUUGUUUGUUGUGUUGCUACAUGGUCCUUGUCCAGUCCUGGGCCCCUCAUCAAGUAUUACAACCAAUUGCACAAUUCGAUGUUCCAUUCGCCAGUUUUAGAGAUGCUGGAUAUUCAAAUGCUGAUUUUGAAAUAACUAUUCAGGAUGUUGUUUAUGGAAUGUGGAGAGCUAAAGAAAGAGGAAUGAUUGAUUUGACUUCAUUCAAUCUUGAAGAAUAUGAACAGUACGAGAGGGUUGACCAAGGAGAUUUUAAUGUCAUUUCUAAGGACUUUAUAGCAUUUGCUUCACCACAGCUAAAGAAACACGCACCACUUAAUGAACCUUUUAAAAAAGUGUUGGAUUAUUUUGUCAAAAACAAUGUUCAACUAGUUGUUCGAUUAAACUCACAUCUAUAUGAUGCAAAGGAGUUUACAAAGAGAAACAUACAGCACAUUGAUAUGAUUUUCGAUGAUGGAACUUGUCCCACGCUAGAAUAUGUACAGAAGUUCAUUGGGGCUGCAGAAUGUAUCAUAAAUAGAGGAGGUAAAAUUGCCGUGCAUUGUAAAGCUGGUUUGGGACGUACCGGGUGUUUGAUUGGGGCUCAUUUAAUUUAUACCCAUGGGUUUACUGCUAAUGAAUGCAUAGCAUACAUGAGGAUGAUAAGACCAGGAAUGGUUGUAGGACCACAACAGCACUGGUUAUAUCUUAAUCAAAACUAUUUCAGAGAUUGGAGACAUACAAUGAUUUUGGACAAUAGGUCCGACGAGUUUAUUGGAAACUUGUUCCCAUUGUGUUCAUAUGAUGAUUUCAAGAGACGUAUGAAGGAGGCUAAAAAGAAAUCUCAAAUGGAACAAUCCAAUCAAUUACAAAUUAACUCAUCGUUUGUUGCUGAUUCAUCCUUUUCGGCAACACCAAUUAGAAGACGUAAGAUUAGUGGCGCAUUAGCCUCUAAGAUACAAACAGCAGUGCCAGCUGAUGCUCCAGGACAACCAAGAAAAUACAUUGAAGAACCAGAUGAAGAAGAAGAAGAUCAAGAAAAUCCAAGUAUUGAAAUGAUAAACAAUUCAGACGAUGAAAAUGGAAUGCAAGAUAUAAUCAAAAGUUCACCAACACAAACAGUUACCCCACAAAAUAAGAAUUCCGAAUGGAGAGUAUUGCGUUCAAUAUCGGCAAAUUCAGCUCAUCAACAGCCUGUGCUGUUGACCAAGACAACAACUACAACUACAACAAGAACUGUAAGUACUACAUUGUCAUCAUCAUCUCCUGGUGCAUCACCGACUAAUAAUUAUGGUAGCUUGAAAAUGACUAAAUCUAGAUCAUCGAGACCAAGAGUCAGCCUGGGUGGUGGCAUGUCCAAUCAAGCAACAAGAGUGCAUUCAGGUGGGGUAAGAAAAACUAGUGGGAAGAAGAUUUAG